UGAGUCUAAAGGAAAAUUUGAUCGUAGGGAGUUCUUUUGACACUUUAGCCUGAUAAUGAGGAGAAUAACACAGAAGAGUAUUUCCCCACUGAUGAUGGAGGCACAACUACAUCAGAAGAGUAUAAAAUCAGUGCCUUUGAUCCUUCUAAUGACAUUUCUGAUCCUAAAGUGAUUGAAACAUGGGUAGAUAAUAUACUCAAAGAUGCAGAGUCUUUGGAGGAUUAUCAUAAAUAUUUAAAAUAAGAGCACUGCUAGUCCCUCUGUCAGAUAUGGGAUUGAUAGAGACACUCUGAAGUACUUAGGAGUCAGUGACCAUAAUGUAGACAGGCUCUACCGAGCCUUAUUUGUCUAUAGCAUUGGAUUUUAUGAACUUCUUCAAAAUAUAACUGUUGGGAUCAAAGCUACCAGUUCAUCGAAUCAUUCAAAGAUAAUGGGGUCUCUUUGGAGAGUAUAUAGCAUUCUUUUGGAAUUUUGAUGUAAAAAUGACUACCAGUUGCUUAUCUCCAAGAUCAAAACAGACCAUGAGGUUGAAAAGCAGAGCCUUAAAGAUCGUAUACAGUCAAAUCAUGAGAAAUAUAUUGAACAAGAGAUUGAAUUCCGUAAGAAAUUUAAAGAAAUUGAAGCUGAAAAUGCUGUUUUUGCUAAGGAAAAAAUUACAACUAAGAGAUAUACAGCCAAACUCAAUGACAUGAUUGAUGAUUUAAGGGUCAAGAUUGAGGAAGAGACUAGGAUUAGAAAGCUAUUUGAAAAUAAACUCAAUGAUCUCCAUUCUAUUGUUAGGGAUAAAGAUGCAGCUUACAACAGAGCGAAGGUGGAUCUUGACCAUCUUCUGCAGGAUAAUAUUAACAAAGAUGAUCAACUAAGUAGACUUUUGAAAGAAUACAAGGAGCUGUCAGAAAAAUAAAACUGAAUUUCAAGUACAGUAUGAUUCAAUAGUGGCUGAAUUGAAUCAAGCCCAGAAAGAUUUUGAAAGAGAAAAACUGGAGAGAGUAAAAGAGACUAAACAUCUGAGGGAAGAUCUCCAAAAGACAAGAUCUUCUUUGCUAAAGGUUGAGAAAAAUUAUAAGGAAAAUCUACAGGACCUUCAGCAACUUAGACAAGUUCAUCAUGAAAUGUCUAAGAAUUACUCAAAUGACAAGCAUAUCUUAAAGAGAUAUUACAGAGAUGGCAAGAGUAUCAAGAAACUAGAGUCUACCAUUGAAGGACUCAAGAAAGAAUGUAAUGAAUUAACAGAAGACGUUGUUGGAACUAGAGAAAGAGAAAUCCAAUAUAAAAAGAUCUCAGAUGAAGCUAAACAAGAGACAUCAGAAAUCAGAGAGGAGCUUAAUAAAUUCAUAGUCAAGCAUUCUGGCUUAAAGUCUAAAUUAACAGAGUUAGAGGUUAACUAUAAUAACAAAUGACUACAGUUCAAGGAGCAAGGAGUUUAUCUUGAAGAAUCUGAGAAAGAAAGACAACGUGUCAAUGAAAUUAACGAAAUGCUCAAGUCCCAAAACACGCACUUGGAGAAAGAAGUCAAGGAUAAAUUCAACAUGGUAGUGAUACAAAGAGAAUCUAUGAACAGACUAAAGAAUAAGCUUAUAAAAGUGGAGAAUGAUUAUGAUUCCCUUAAUGGUAAGAACAACACAGAUAGGGAAGUCUUACAGACACAGAUUUAUCAGCUAAAACAUGAAAUCUCUGUGCUAACAGAUAAGGUAGAUAUUCUAAAGACUUCCAGAGGACACUUGGUUAGAAAUUUAGAAACUGAAGCUGAAGAAAAUGAAAAAUUGAGGGGUACAGUUCAUACAAUGAAGACCAAACUUUCAGAAGAAUUUAAUGAGAAGAAGAACAUCGAAGGCGAGUGAAACAAGUUGGACCAGAUGAGGAUAAAAACUGAGCAAAUAUUAUCAAACAAGGAAGAUGAAGUCAGCCAACUCUUCAAACAAAGAGAAAGUUUGAACCUGAAGCUGCACACAAAGAAUGAGAUGAAUCAUCAUUUUGAAAAAUAAAACCAGUGAAUACAUUCAAAGAAUAAGGACUGAGAACAAAUAAGCUAAAAGAUCAGAUAAAGCUAGAGAAGGAUCGAGGAUUGAUGCUAUGCGAAGAUAUCAGGACUCAAUGAGCGAAUACCUGACAAAAAUAUCAGCAAAUGCUACUUGAGAAGAUAGAGGCACAGAAAUAGCGUCUCAAGAUUUAAUAAACGAAUCCAUUCAUUAGAAUGAGAUAUCGAAGUAGCCCACAUCAGGAUUAAGAACCUAAAGCUUGAACUAAAUACCGCUAAGAACACUUAUAAAGUUAUUGAGAAUAAGUACAAAGAGAAGAAAAAUGAAAUCAAUAAGAUUAAGCAAGAACUUAAGACACAAAAGAGUGAGAAUGAGAUCUUCAAGAAAGUUAUUUACGAUACAAAAGUAAGUAAGCCGAUGCCUGCUACUAAGAAGAGUCAGAGUGAUCUAAAUGUGAGCAUCAGCAAGAUCAUCGAGAUUAAAAAAGGAAGAAAUGGGGAGAAUGUGCAGAUAAAGAAUGUGAUUACAGAGACAAACUCCAAUGUUUCCAGCAUUAUAGAAACCUGAGAAGUUGCCAUUAUGACAGAUGCUUGUAAGAGGAAAGAUAACUUCAUGCAAACUGAAGCUCAUGGAUUUGUCGAAAUACAGGAUAUUAUCAGAAGGAAUUCCCUAAUAAAUGUCAGACGAAAAAUAAGCUCCAAUACUGCAAUAGGAAUUGUGGAAAAGUCAGAUCAAGAUAAAAUAUCAAAGCAUGCCCAUUCAGAGAGCUCAAUGGAGAAGUUCAUCUUUGCUAGGAAGGAAGAGAAAACUGGAGAUAAGACAAUGAGGAAUAAUCAGUAUAAUGAAAUUGACAAGGUGAUCAAGUCAGAAUCUGAAAGUGUCAGUCAAAAUACAAAUCUCGGAAUACGAAAUAGAGACUUGGAAGAGUCUAUAAAGAUAGGAGUAUCCCCUUUGGAACAAGUAACUACAAUAAAGGCAUCACAGACAAAUACGGGCCAUGUAGUAGUUUCUAAAAUUGUAGAUUGAGUAAAUAAGCCUUCGAAGAGUAGCAAUAAACCAAAAGGAAUGAAAACUCGGAAUCAUCAAACAAGAGCAACAACUUCAAAUCUUCAUAUGAAACCUUUGAUGGGGCCAAAUUAUUUGCAACUGCAUGGUGAAAGGAUGGAGCGUCUAAAAGCUACUUCUAAAUAUAAGAGAAAUCCAUCUAGCAUAGAAGGAGAAUUUAAAACAACUCUUAUGUCAGAUAGGAUCUCAAGGAAUACUUCAAUUGAUGAAGUUAAGAACACCAUGGAUGCAGUUUAUGAGCAAGAAUCAAAUACAAGAACAAGGGUUCUAUCCCCAAUUACUAAGGCUUCAAGUUUCCACAACUUGAAGCCAAUUGACUGGGAAAGGCUUGAAAAGACAAUAAGUCCAAGCAGGAAUAAAAUGACACAUAAAUUUGAACCAAAGUACUUCAGAACAAGGAAUAAAAAAAUGUUGAGCUCAAGAAACGAUAUGAGGCAGAAGAUCAAGAGGGCUGUUAGUUGACAAUAAUUCAAUUUUUAAAUAGAGGAAA